AUGUCGGAAAGGGCCGAGGAUGACGUCAGGGGGGAGCAGCGCCGAGCAGCCAGGCAGCAGCUGAAGCAGCAGCAGCAGCCGAUCCAGCGGGGAGAAGGCUCCACAGCAAUGGCGACUGUUGCGGAGCGGAGAUCCUUACCGAGUCCAGAAAUAAUGGUGGGACAGCCUUGGAGCAGCUGGGUCGACGCCGCCAAACUCCACGGCAACGACGGUGCGGAAUUGGAGGAAAGUUUCAAAGACUUGGGGAAAAAUCGCGAAGCCAUGCGUUUGUGCAGAGAAGAUAUGCCUAUAUUUGGCCAGUAUCCCGCGCAAGAUGACUUCUACCUGGUGAUGUGCAGCCACUGUAGUCAAGUAGUCAAGCCCCAAGCCUUCCAAGCACAUUAUGAGAGAAGACACAAUUCUGCAGUCAAGUCGGCAUCCUCUUCGCCAUUCCCUUUGCCGGGAAGGAAUCGGAGUAGUAGCAGUGGACUUGGGCCUGGAAUUGCCUCAGCGUCUCUCACUGGAGUGACAAGUGGAGGGAUUGUUAAUCGAACCGCUACUGCUGGAUCUAACUUUUCUACCGCUGCAACAUCCUCCUCCUCCAGUCCCAAGAUACUUAAACCAGCCAAAGACAAGGUGUCAGGCAUCCAACGAAGACCGCCUUUUCCCCCAUUUAGGAUGCUACAGCCGGACAAGAUCCUCACCCCGGCUGUCAAGGUGGAGAAGAUGCAUCUGAAUGUGGACUCGUCAGCUAAGCUGGUCCAGGUCCCCCCUGCUCCCACCACCACCUCAUCAUCCUCCACAUCCUCCUCUAGCAUCACUGUGAGCUCCAACACUACCACCACCACCAUCACCACCUCCUCAUCUUCAGCCCUUAAAGCAGGCCUUAACUGUCCCUCCAUACCAAAGCCUCCCUUACUGGCCCCUGGUCAGAUUCCCAAUGGCAAAGGUCACUUGUCAGUCCUUUCGGACAAGAAGCAGGACAGCAGCAACAGCAGCAGUGCCAGUAGCAGACGCCACAUUAACAAGAAAGUGACAGAGCGUGAGUUCAAUCCAGAUAUUCACUGUGGAGUUGUGGAUAUGACAGCUCGGAAAACCUGCACAAGAUCCCUAACAUGCAAGACACAUUCCUUGAGCCAGCGGAGGGCAGUGCCAGGGCGGAGGAAACGCUUUGAUACAUUGCUGGCAGAGCACAAGAAUAGAACAAAGGAACGGGAGCGAGAACUCCACCAAACCCAUUCCCAACAACCUCCCCCUCUCAGGGACCCACACCCCUCCAUCAAUCUCCCCACUUCUUAUGAUGUCCAUCCGGUGGCUCAUGGCAACGGCCCCGCCCCAGAGGCCAACAAGAUUCUGCCAUCCAACAAACCUAAAUUUCACAGUACUGGUCUUCCACGAUUAAAUAACACGCAUGGGGCUGGUACCACUACAGACCCUGCAAUAGUCCAUGAGUCACCACACCAGCCCCAAAAUACUCUCGAAGGAUUUUCUCGAGCCUCUAGUGAUGAGGGAGAGAAUGAGGAGCGCGAGGAGAACGCUGACAAACUGCACUGUCACUAUUCAGGUUAUCACCCUCGACCGGUAGCUUACUGUACUUUUGGAAGUCGACUGUUUGGGAGAGGUUGUUACUCCUUUGACAGACGAUGGGAUAGAAUGCGAUGUGCCGUCUCUACAAUGAUGGACAAGCACGUCAACUCGCAGAUGUGGAAGAAAAUUCCCCUGGCCUCAGAAAACAGCUCUUCCUUAGCACCUCCCCAUAGGACAAGCACAAAUUCCCCCGGUAGCACCCCGUCUUCAGGCUUCCUUGGUCCACCUGCCACCAUGCCUCUGACUCCCUAUAGCCAAUCCUUCGAGGGCAAGCCUGUGCUCUCCUAUGGGACUACCUUAAAUGCCCGCAGCUCUGCGCAGGGAGGGCCUGAGCACCCGGCCUAUGGCACCACACAGGCCCGACAAGUGUCUUCGUCGCCGCAGAUGCCUUCAGCCCACUUGUCUUCAUCCACCUCUCCUUUAGCCCCUUCACUCGCCUCAGGCCGGGCGCUUAAGUCCCGUCCCUCCAGCAGCAGCACGACCAAGUCAUCGUCCUUCAGGCCCAAGGAGGUCUCCACUGGCUCCUCCACACCCACCAUCCCAACCUCAGUCAGCAUGGGCAGUAGCAGUAGCAGUACCAGCCUCAGCUCGGGAAAGAAGAGGAAGAACAGCUCUAUCCUCUCAUCGUCCCAUAGCUCCUCAGAACCUGCUAAUGCCAACUAUUCUCCCUCAUCUUCUUUCAAAAAGAACUGUGCAAAUGCCGGCAGCUCAGGAAGCACCUACCACCACAGCUCACUAGGGUCUUCAUCCUCAUCGUUAUCCUCCUCUAACAGUGGAGUACACAGUGUGGGCCUCAACUGUGGUCCCAGCGUGCGCACGAACUCGCUCAGCCUCAAGGCUGAACCUUCCGCAGGGUCAGCAGGUGGCUCCUCGGGCCCCCCGGCACGAGGUCCUCCCUCGGGCAGCCCCGCCGAGUCCAUUAAGCGUAUGAGUGUGGUGAUGAACAGUAGUGACUCCACCCUCUCCCUGGGGCCUUUUGUCCACCACCAGUCUUCAACGGACCACCAUACCAGCUUUAGCCACCACUCCUCAGACGGGCGCCUGGAAGGCAAAAAGCGCAAAAGCUCCCCUGCCUCCAGCGGCAUUAAUAGUGGCACUGGGGGAGGUGGACUUGGUGGAGGUGGGGGUCCUGGACCGGGUAGACCCAAGGUGUCCAAGUCGCCUGCCAUUAACAACAUCCACGGGAAGCACGGGCGGAACAUUCCAGGGACACCGGGGCUAACAAACAAUUCCCAUUUACAUCAGCCAAAGGCUCGUCCCUGA